AUGGGACUUGAGAAAACCAAAUCAUUACUUAGAAAAAAAGUUAACUUUCCUGGUCUAGACACUAAAGUAGAAGAAUAUAUAAAACGAUGUGCAAUUUGUCAAGUCCGUGGUAAACAAAAUGGACCAGCCGAACUAUUAACCACACCAACACCAGAGGAAGUUUGGGACACCGUUAAUAUAGAUUACCUUGGUCCUUUAACUAAUGGAUUUUAUUUGGUAGUCCUUAUAGACCAAGCAUCAAAAUUUCCGGUUGUCGAUAUUAUUCAUAAUACAUCUGCUGACCUCCUUAUUGAUUUUCUACAGAAAACGAUUGCAGUAUAUGGAAUACCAAAAACGAUUGUCAGCGAUAAUGGAACACCUUUUACUUCAUUCAAAAUAAAGAUGUUUUUGAACAAACUGAAUAUUCAACAUAAACGAAUCACCCCGCUUUGGCCGCAAGCAAACUCACAAGCCGAAUCCUUUAUGAAACCAUUGAUUAAAACAAUACGAGCAGCACACAUUGAACGGAAAAACUGGAAAAAGCAAUUAUACAACUUUCUGUUUUCCUACCGUACCACACCCCAUUGCACAACCCGAAUACCAUUAUCUACACUCAUGUUUAAUCGCGUUACAGAUUUUACAAUACCUUCAUUCCAAACAAGGGUCGAUACAAAUAUCAAUGAUCAAGCCAAAAAGAGACAAGAAAAUGCUAAGUUAUACAGAAAAAAAUAUCACGAUUUAAAAUACCACGCAAAAAAUCCAAGUUUAAACAUCGGAGAUACAGUACUGAUAAAACAAAAAAAAUAUAACAAAAUUACGGCACCACUCGAGUUCAAACCCUACACAAUUACUGCAAAGAAUGGUACAAUGAUCACUUCAAAAUCUCCCGUCAACAAUUCUCAAAAAACUCGAAAUGCUUCACACAUGAAGAAAGCACCAACGGAUAUACAAUUUAAUCCGAUACCAAUUAAAGAAGAGAAAGAUGAAGAAACUCCAGAACGAAUCAAUUUUGCCAGAAAAGGAAAUAACAGCUACUAUGCCGACACAACUAAGAAGCUAUCAUCAAGAACCGAUUCUGAAGACAUAUCCUAA